AUGGCAGCUGAAGAGCUGGAGCUAAGACAAACAAUUGCACAGGCAAAGGCAGAAGAAAGGGUUUUUGAACAGUUUGAAUACCAAGAACCUGAUCAGUUUCCUACUGGUCAUCCUAACUGUAUCCCAACAUCAGGAAUGAAGAGUAAAGUAAUCCCAACCAAGCCCAAUGACAACCCUGCAGAAUCUUCAUGCCCAAAGAUUCCUUCAAAACUUAAUCUUGCAACAACCAGCACAAGCCAGGGUGGAAACGUCUCAACAAUGAAUCCAGGAGCUUCACCGUUCAUUCCUAAACCAGAUAAUGAAACCCAACCCCAAGAUUCAACAAAGAUUAAGGAAAAUACGGAUCAGAACAUUGAGCAAAACCUACCAUUGAAUAACCGCAUAUACGAUGAAUUUCUCAAGGUUCAGAAGAAGCAGACUAACAUCUCUGAAAUUAUUAUGAUGCAGCAAGCUCGAAGUCUACUCCCGUCUCAUAAACCUCCGACCUUUUCAGGAAACUCAAUGGAGUAUUCAAGAUUUAUAAACGCUUUCGAGUCGCUAAUAGAAGCUAAAGUCGAGAGCCCUAUCGAACGGUUGUAUUUCCUAGACCAAUACACAUCUGGAAAGGCAAACGAGGUGAUUAAAGGAUGUAUUCAAAUGAAAUCGGAUGAUUCCUAUAGCCAAGCUAAAGCGUUGUUAAAGAAACAUUUUGGAGAUCCUUUCAAAGUAGCAAACGCCUACAUUGCGAGGCUCACCAAAUGGCCAUCAGUAAAACCUAAGGAUGGAAAGCGUUUGCAAGAAUUUGCUAUCGCACUAGAACAAGCUAAGAAUGCAACAACCAACUUGCCCUACAUGGAUGACCUUAAUACUGCCCAAGUGUUACGUCAGCUAUGGGAAAAGUUACCGCUGUACAUGAGAAGCAAGUGGACAGAGCGAGCAAGUAGAAUAAGAAGUAGUCAGAGCAGAAACGCAACCUUUGCUGAAUUUUGUAAGUUCGUUACAGAACAAGCUGACUUCGCCACAGACCAAGUGUUCUCAGAAGAUUUCUCGGAAAGGUCGAAGGAAGAGAGUAAGGAUAAAUUCGGUGACACCGGACGAUAUCGAAGAGACAAGGGUACUAGGAACUUUGGUACAGUAGUUAAAGGGGAUAAUAAAGACAAAGAACGUACUAAGAGCUGUAUAUUAUGCUUGAAGCCACACAACUUAAAUGAGUGCGAAGAAUUUCGAAAGAAAACUCUGCUUGAGCGUAAAGGCUUUAUUAGAGAAAAGGGGCUAUGCUUUGGAUGUUUGAAACAAGGACACAUUUCAAGCAAGUGUAAUGAUAAGCUAACAUGCAAGACGUGUGAGAAGAAGCAUCCCUCUGUACUACAUGACCCUGAUUGGAAGUCAAAGUCCAAAAGGCGCCAAACUGAUUCAAGAGAGGAUAACAAAACACAAGAACUUGGGAAGAACGAUCAAGAACGAAUAAACAGUGGACUUACCGUAUGCAGUAUCACUGAAGCUGGCGAUGUUCCAGUCAGCAUGGGAGUUGUACCGGUCUGGCUAUUCCAUAAAAGCAAACCAGAGAAUAAAGUAAAGGUAUAUGCUCUACUAGAUAACGGAAGUGGUGGAACAUUCAUUAAGACAGAAACCAUGAAUAGACUUGGGAUCAAUGGUGAGAACACUACGUUAGUGUUGACAACUAUGCAUGGUACACAAGAGAUCGAAACAAGAGUGGUCAAUGGUCUAAUAGCUGUAAACUAUCAGCAAGAAGACGUAUCUGUGGACCUACCAAGAAGUUAUGAGAGACAACAAAUACCGAUCGACAGAGAUGAGAUACCAAGACCAGAAGUUGCUGUGAAGCAUCAACAUCUUCAGAAGAUAAGCAAACAACUAGCCCCGUAUAUGAAGAACGUAGAGGUUGGCCUGCUAAUUGGCCUGAACUGCCCAAAGGCUCUGCGUCCAAGAGAAGUAAUACACGGUCAGGAUACGGAACCGUACGCAGUGCAAUCUAUACUUGGUUGGUAUGUUAAUGGUCCAGUAAGCAGCAAUGGUGAUGUCACGGUUCGUUGUAAUCGAGCACACGUAUCAAAUCCUGGUAAAUCGUCAGGAUGCAUUGUAACCGAGAGAAAUGUCAAAGAAGAAAUAGCGCCGAAAACUGUAGAGAGAAUGUUUGAAUCAGACUUCUCGGAAAAGGAGAAAGGGCUGGCAAUUUCAAAGGAAGAUCGUGAGUUUCUAAACAAGGUUGGAAACGGAAUCGUACAUCGUGAAGACUCGCAUUAUGAAAUGCCAUUGCCAUUUAAAGGUGAGAACGUUACUCUUCCAAAUAACCGUCCACAAGCCGAACAACGAUUAAAGGGUCUGAAGAAACGGCUCUUAUCUGACGACAAGUUUCGACAAGACUACACUAACUUCAUGAAUGAUAUAAUAAGUAAAGGGUAUGCGACCGAAGCGAAAGAAAAGAAUGUUACAGCAAGAGAAGGACGUAUUUGGUAUUUGCCACACCACGGAGUCUACCAUCGGAAGAAGACUGAUAGUCUUCGAGUUGUUUUCGACUGCUCAGCUCGUUAUCAAGGAGAGUCCCUUAACGAACAUCUGUUACAAGGACCGGACUUGACCAGCAAAUUAACGGGUGUUUUGAUACGAUUCAGAGAAGAACGAAUAGGAGUGAUGGCAGACGUGGAAAAAAUGUUCUACCAAGUCAAGGUAACGGAAUCAGAUCGAAACUAUCUACGAUUCCUGUGGUGGCCAGACUCUGACUUGACAAAAGAACCUGUGGACUACUGCAUGACCGUCCAUUUGUUUGGUGGUGCAUCCUCGCCAGGAUGUGCUAACUUUGCACUGAAGCGUACAGCUGACGAUCAUGAAAAAGAAUUUGGAGCAGACAUAGCGAACACACUGAGACGGAACUUUUAUGUUGAUGACAUGCUUAAAUCUGUUCCUACGGAGGAAAGUGCGAUCGAAGUAGUUCAAGGAACAAAGGCAAUAUGUAAGAAAGGAGGAUUCAAUCUGACCAAGUUUGUAAGCAACAGUCGCAAAGUACUCGAGCUGAUCCCGGAAGAAGACCGAGCGAAAGAGAUCAAAGGCUUAAACCUAGGACAGGAUAAGUUACCUAUAGAACGGGCACUCGGAAUGAGUUGGUGCAUUGAAUCGGACACAUUGCAGUUUAGAAUACAGCUUAAAGAUCAACCUUGCACGAGAAGAGGAAUACUGGCAACUAUUAGCUCGGUAUAUGACCCACUUGGAUUCAUCGCCCCAGUAGUGUUAGUGGGAAAGCAGAUCCUGCAAGAGAUAUGUAACACCCGAGAUUGGGACGAGCCAGUUAGCGAGACAACACAGGUGCGAUGGGAGAAAUGGAGAACAGAACUGUUCCUGCUCGAAAACGUAGAAGUAGAAAGAAGCUCGAAGCCUCCGGGAUUCGGAAAGAUCGAGUCCGCCCAACUUCAUACCAUGUCAGAUGCAUCUAAUACGGGGUAUGGUCAAUGCUCCUAUUUGAGAUUGGUAGAUGAACACGGAACUAUUCAUGUUUCGUUCCAAAUGGGAAAGGCUAGAGUAGCUCCGAAGAAAACUGUCAGUAUUCCAAGACUUGAGCUGACGGCUGCUACAAUUGCUGCCAAGAUAACAGACGUACUGAGAGAUGAGAUGAGUUAUGAAGACUUGGAAGAAUACUAUUGGACGGACAGCAAGGUGGUCCUCAGAUAA